GUUACGGGUGACAGGAGUCGCGUAGCGGAGAAUCUGGGCGAGGUGGCUGCUGCAGCUGCCCUGGAAGUGAUCCGAUGUCAGGACUCCAAAGGCAGUGGCAGCAGAGUCAGCGUCAGAUCGCUCCCCAACCUUCAUGCCCAAGAGGCACACUUGACCCAGGUGGAAGCCACAGCUUCAAAGCAGAGUCCCACGGAAGCGAGAAAGGCAGCUGAAGCCACAGCAGAAGCAAAAGCUAUGCUGAAAUCCAGCGAAGCUGAGCACUGCUUGCUUCCAAAACCAAGUCCAAGUUCACCAGCAGUGCGGUGUGUGCGAACAGCUGCCGGGAAGUGUCGAAGACAUCGAGAUGGUGGCAAGAAGCUGCAGCUGCCAGGUAGACCAAAGGCCAAAGAGCUGCCCUGGGGCACCCGAGAGAGCCAGGUAGCACACUGGCUGGACAACAUCAGACCACGACGUCCAUAA